GCCGUCACCAUGGUGAGCCUCAGCUGCUGCCUCCUGCUCGCCCUGGCCCUGCUCAGCCCCUGCGCUGCUGCUGCUGCCAGGAAGUGUGAUCUGCAGGGCCUGUGGAGGAAUGAGCUGGGCUCCAACAUGACCCUCUCGGCCCUGGAUGAGGCUGGGACAUUCUCGGGCUCCUACCACACCGCCGUAGCAGCGACCAACAAGCAGAUCGUGGUGUCACCCCUGCGAGGGGCCCAGCAGCAUGACAGUGCCAAGGGGCACCCCACCUUCGGCUUCACUGUGCAGUGGCAGUUCUCAGACUCCACCACCGCCUUUGUGGGCCAGUGCUUUGUGGACCACCGCGGGAAGGAGACCCUGGAGAUGGCGUGGCUCCUGUGGGAAGAGGUCCCAUCUCGCACAGACACCUGGAAAGCCAGCCGGGUCGGCACCUCCAUCUUCACCCGCAUCAAGUGAUGGAAUGGGGAGUGGAUCUGCUCCCACACUGAUGCC